AUGGGUUUUGGUUUCAAGUGGCUCAAAUGGAUGGAAAGUUGUGUUUUUUCGAGCUAUACUUCAAUUCUAAUCAAUGGUAACUUGACUAAGGACUUUAAGUUGGAAAAGGGGCUAAGGCAGGGAGAUCCGCUUUCACCGUUCCUCUUUGUAUUGGUUACGGAAGCGCUAGCUGGUCUGAUGAGAAAGGCAGAGGAGCAAGGAAUUUAUAGGGGUUUUAAAUGUAAUGGUGUUGAAGAUGUGAGCCUUGUGCAAUUCACGGACGAUACAGUCUUAAUAGCAGACGGAAAAAGUGAUAAUUUCUGGGCAAUGAAGGUAGUUCUGAGGGGUUUCCAGCUUAUGACGGGGCUAACGAUUAAUUUCCUAAAGAGUAAACUUUAUGGAUCCAAUGUGUGUGAAUGGCUUAUGGAGGCAGGGUCUGAUUUCUUGAACUGUGACAGGGAUGCAUAUCCGUUUAAAUACCUUGGAGUCAAGGUUGGCGACAGUCCUCGUAAAGUUUCUAUGUGGAGGGAUUUAAUUGAGCAGUUAAAAAAAAGGCUGGCUACUUGGAAAGGAAUGCACCUGAAUAUGGUGGGUCGAGUAACGAUGAUCAAUGUUAUUUUGAAUGCGAUACCGAUUUUCUCGUUAUCUUUCUAUAGAGCUCCGGAUAGUGUGAUCAAAGAGAUUCGUAAGAUACAAAGUAACUUUCUAUGGCAUAACUCAGAAGGCAGCCGUACUAUCCAUGUGGUAAGUUGGAAUUCUGUGUGUAAUCCGAAAGACAAGGGAGGUCUCGCGGAAUUGAGGGAGUGGUUAGAGGGUAGCUCUUUGAAUAGAGACGAGGCCGAUAUCCACGAGUGGAGGCUAACGGAAGACGGUAUCUUUAGCGUUAAAUCCUGCUAUGUUUUGUUGUUCAAAGGGUUGAUGAGGGCUCCCACUUGUCAAGGGGAUACGGCUAGAGCAGUGGAGUCUCUUUGGAAGGUCGAAGCUCCGGCAAAAUUGAAAUUCUUUGGAUGGAGAGUUUUGAUCAAUAGAAUAGCAUCUAAGGAUAACCUUAUCAAGCGCAAUAUUAAUGUGGUAAGUCAAGAUCCUUCAUGUAUUUUCUGUCAUUUUGCUUUGGAAAACAUCGACCAUCUUUUCGCUUCUUUCCCCUUUGCGGAUAGUCUGUGGAAGAAAAUUUCUGUUUGGUUGGAUGUUGAUGAAUUCGUAUCGGUUGAGGAGUUAAAGCAUGUUUUUCUAUAUUCGGAUAAGAUCAUGAAUAGGAUGAAGAGGAAAAUUGUAGAAGUGGUGUGGUUAGAGGCUAUAUGGAGCAUUUGGUUAGUUAGGAACGAUAGCGUCUUUAACCAAGCCAAUCCGUCUUUUGUUGAAUGUUUGUCUGCUAUUAUUUUUAGACCUUGGAUUUGGCUACCGUCUUGUAGUAAGUUAAGUCUGGGUUGUAACUUUGCUACUUGGAAUACUCACCCUUUUCUUUGUUUUGGGAGUUGA